GGGGGUUAUUGAAGUUCUCCACAUAGCCAACCAGCAUUCCUUUCAACUGUGCAAAGGGAGAAGGAAGUCUCUCUCUCGUGUGGAGCGCAUCCCUGCCCUGACUGUGUUUGACGUGCGUUUUGGUCGUGCUGGGUGAAAACAGAUGGACAAGAUGAACCACAGCUCAGCAGAGGCAGAAGUGGAGACCAUAGAGCCGCUGCGAUACCUCAGUAAAGGGGAGGCUGCAGCCAUAGAGACAGAGCUGCUGAAGGACUACAGGUUUGGACAGCAGCAGCUCAUAGAGAUCUGGGGACAGGCCUGCGCCCUCGCCAUCACCAAGGCUUAUCCUCUGAGCUCGCUAUCGAAGAAGCAGCCAACGGUCCUGGUGAUUUGUGGCCCAGAUCAAAAUGGCUCCAUCGGCCUGGUUUGUGCCAGACACCUGCGCAUAUUUGAAUAUGAGCCCACCAUCUACCAUCCCAAGCGGUCAUCCCAGAGCCUCCACCAGGACUUCACAGUGCAGUGUGAGAAGAUGGACAUCCCCUUCCUGUCAUACCUGCCCACAGAGGUGCAGCUCAUAAACGAUGCCUAUAACCUAGUGAUUGAUGCAAUGCUGGGCCCAGAGGCAGACAUAAGCAACAUUAAGGAGCCCUACUCUGGCAUUCUGGGUACUCUGAAGCAAGUCAAGAUUCCUAUAGCCAGUGUGGACGUGCCUUCAGGUUGGGAUGAGGAGGAGGCCACCCAGGACGGCAUUCACCCUGAAGUCCUCAUCUCGCUCACAGCACCCAAAAAGUGUGCUGCCUGUUUCUCAGGGAAGCAUUACUUGGCCGGACGCUUCCUGCCGUACGAUAUCCAGAAAAAAUAUGAGCUGAAUCUCCCAGACUUCCCCGGCACAGACACUCUCAUCGAAUUGUAACACAUGGGGAACCAUUAUGGGUCAACAUGGCUACUGUUUCUUUUCUCUUCACUUGUUUUGUAUUUUAAAGGUGUGGUUUAAUGUUAAUGCUGUCUCAGUUCUGUAGGUCAGCCUUUGGAGUUGUACUGCGAUGAUGUCAUAGCGCUACUUCCGGGUCCGAUGGAAUCUUGGCUUCCUUUUUUGAGUGUUAAAUGGCAUUUGUGUGCACUUUUAUCAUAUGUCUUUCUGUAAUUGUUCAGGCCUAUUAUUGGAUUUCAGUCACUGGACUUUUUCCUGUUAUGGACGCCAUUUUGAGGACUUAUGAUUUAGAUAGAAUGUUUUGUUGAUUGCAAUGCC